GUUCAAUCUGUGAGAGGAGGACAACAACCAGCUCUGAGUGUACCGGAUGGAUGGAUGUUGGCGAUGCAUGUUCCUGUUGGUGCCGGUGAUGACGGUGGACAUGGGUGAUCACGCUGAAUGUUGCUGUUGAGUUCUCUGCAGAUGUUGUGAUGUAUUGUCCCAAACCUGAUCGAGCAAACUUUUUGUAUAAAUGAGUUCCUGCUUGGCUAAAGGACGUGUGUCCUGUCACUGAGGCCUCAUGUGUAUCGGGAGAGAUGGAUCGUUGUAAGCACGUGGGACGCCUUCGUCUGGGCCACGACCAUUCCAUCCUCAAUCCACAAAAAUGGCACUGUGUGGACUGCAGCACCACCGAUUCAGUGUGGGCCUGCCUCAAGUGCUCCCACGUGGCCUGUGGACGUUUCAUGGAGGAGCACUCACUCAAACACUUUCAGGAGUCACACCACCCACUGGCUAUGGAGGUGCGUGAGCUGGAUGUCUUCUGUUUUGCCUGUGGAGACUAUGUACUCAAUGAUAACGCAGAGGGAGACCUCAAACUCCUCAGAGGGGCGCUCUCGACCGUUCGCAGCCCAGGUAGGCGCUCGCUACGCUCCUCGACUGCGGGGGACUGUGCUUCCUGGGUUGGGGAAGGCGGGCCACAGCCCGCCAUGCAGCUGGCCUCGCGUCACAGGAGGAAAGCACUUCUUGGGAAGAUGCUUCGGACUUGGAUCGGUAGACAUCAGGAGCUGCAGAAUCAGCGUAAAGAGAAACUUGAGGAAGCUAGAAGACAAAAAAAAGAGGUGAAAAAGAGACUCAUGGAAGAGCUUGGCAAUGUCCCUCCCAGAAAGAGUGCUAGGCUUCUUACUCAGGCGCCACGUUCAACCAUCACACUCAUUCCUCGCAAAUUUCGCGACCCUCCAGAACGCCUACCUCCUCCUCCUCCCAAGAAGCCUUCCCUCAUAACCCUGUCCCGUAAGGCUCCUCAGAACGGCAGAGCUGCUAAACUGAGGAGGUAUUACUCCACACACGCAGUAACCCGCCGGAGACUCGCUCCAGGUGUCACUGGUCUGCGCAAUUUGGGGAACACAUGCUACAUGAACUCAAUAUUGCAAGUGCUGAGCCACCUGCAGAAAUUCAGGGAGUGUUUUCUCACUUUGGACCUGUGUGAGACCGAGGAGCUGCUGGCCAAGACCAAUCACUCCCAGGGGGUGAAGGGUGUGACGGGAGGUGUAGUCAGCAGUGGUAACACAGCACUGUCAGGAUGCCCUCUUGGACGCAUGGGUAAGACAGGCAGUUGGAAUUUGCCUGUUGGCCAAAAAGAAAGUGCCCCGCCUUCCCCGCAGGCUUCGGAGCUGGUCCAGCCCAAGGAGCCUCGCUGCUCCACCCGCCAGCAGAUGUCACUUUGCCAUGAGUUACAUACACUUUUCAGGGUCAUGUGGUCAGGCCGGUGGUCUUUAGUGUCUCCAUUCGCCAUGCUGCACUCUGUGUGGAACCUCAUCCCAGCUUUCCGUGGGUAUGACCAGCAGGACGCCCAGGAGUUUUUGUGUGAACUGCUGGACAAGGUGCAGCAGGAGCUAGACACAGAGGGGUCCAAACGCAGGAUAGUCAUCCCCAUUACAAAGAGGAAACUAUCCAAGCAAGUGCUAAAGGUUCUCAACACCAUCUUUCAUGGGCAGCUACUCAGCCAGGUGACGUGUCUGUCCUGUAAGCACAAGUCUAACACAGUUGAGCCGUUCUGGGAUCUGUCUUUGGAGUUUCCAGAGCGAUACCACAGCAUAGACAAAGGCUCAGGCUCUACAGCUUACCAGCGCAGCUGCACCCUCACUGAGAUGCUGUCCAAGUUUACAGAAAUGGAGGCUCUCGAAGGCAGGAUCUAUGCCUGCAACCACUGCAACAAAAGAAGACGAAAAUCAUCCCACAAACCCUUAGUUCUGUCAGAGGCACGUAAGCAGCUUCUGAUCUACCGUUUACCUCAGGUUCUACGGCUGCACCUCAAACGCUUCAGAUGGUCGGGGCGGAACCAUAGGGAGAAAAUCGGCGUCCAUGUGGCCUUUGACCAGGUUCUGAACAUCAAACCAUACUGCUGCACAGGCUCAGGUCACUCUGUCCACAGAGGAGGCUACACCUACGAUCUGUCUGCUGUUGUUAUGCAUCAUGGUAAAGGCUUCGGCUCAGGGCACUACACCGCAUACUGCUACAAUACAGAAGGAGGUUUCUGGGUCCACUGUAAUGACUCUGAGAUGAAGGUUUGCAGUGUGGAGGAAGUGUGCAACACUCAGGCCUAUAUUCUCUUCUAUACCCAGAGGUCUGCCUAGGUACCUCUCGCUGUGAUGUCGACCUGUGCGUGGCAACUAAAGGCUGCAUUUAUGAAAACGUUCUCUGAUGUUUUCCCAGAUGUCAUCAAACAAUCAGUUUUAAAUAAUUAUCUAAAAAAAGAUGGCAACGGGGGCAGUAGGACAGCCAAAAUCAUGAGUUCAGGUAAAGAUUUUAGCAGCAUAAUCCAGAUGAUAAUAAUAAUACACACACUGUAAUGUUGCCAAGGUGAAUUGGAGGAAAAUAAUUAUAAAUAAUAUGUUCGUGCGGCUCUGGAUUAUGUUUGAUUUAAAGAAAAAAAAAAAUCAAAAGCCUUUUCAUAAAUGAGGCCACAGGUUUGUCGGCCUGUGGGACCAGCAUAUCGGUUAAUGGCCUGAAGACUGUGGGAGCAGGUCCGCCUCUAUCCUGCUGAACACCAAGUUGUGUGUCCGUGUUUUUAAAAACAAUCAGGCUCAUGUCUGUUGAGUCUGGAACCAACCAGGCGUUCUUCUGAAACAGCAUUUUACAUUCAGAGGCAACACGGAUUCUGGAUUUUAGAGAAGUUUUAUCACAAUAAUGUCGUUAAUGUACAUUUUAUAUGUGACUUUACAUUUGAUAGCAAUGCACUAAGUAUUAUAAGAGGUACAUCUUUCCACAUUAUUGUGUAGUUCCACUUGAAUAGAAUGAAUCUUGUGACCAAAGUCCAGACUCUUUGUUGCCUCCUGUUCAGCUUUUUCAAUUAUUGUGAAAUGUCAGUUAUGGAAACUUUUAAUACUCAUUCCUGUGUCGUUUGUACUUCAUCAUGUCCUCUCCUCAACUGUACUGCUGUGACUGGAUACUGUGUCUUAGGCUCGAGGCCUGCACUCUCAGUGAACAGAAAUAGUUUUUUGUUUUAGUUUCUUUUGUAGUCAUUCUAUGUUUCACUUUCACGAAAAACACUUGAUUGAUGAUGAGUGAUGGAAAGCUGCACUUUUGAGGAGGGGCUACUAUUGUUGGUCCUAUCUUUGUGAUUGUUCAUCUUUUAGCUCCUGUAUCCUGUUUAAAUGGCAGCUCCCCCUGUGGUGUAACGGUUAGAGUAGUCUGAGCCUGGGUCUGAGACACUGCGCCUGUGUUUUUGAAGGGAAUACCACCUAAAUUAUUAAUUACAGUGUUAUUUCCAUGGCCUGGGAAAUGUCAAUAUUUGUGAACAUGAGCUACUCUCUCAAAACCAGAGACAAAUGUCUGAAACUUGUGAUGUUAUCAAGUACAAAGUCUGGAGCAGCUAGAUAGACAAUGAAUUGGAGACUGAUUUUGUGGACCCACAGAAAGUUUGUUUUUUCUCCAACUGAGCUUUGUUCUAUUGUAGCGUCCUCACUUCUAAAACAGAAGAUGUACCCAUAUACUCAGAAAAUUCCUCUGGCUGCUUUUCCACCAAAUCAGCUCUGGUUCUUGAACUGGUUCCAUUCAGGAUUCCACCACAUUCCCACCAGUUUUACACAGCACCAUUGUUAUCAAGAAUCUGUCACCAAUGUAAAGUGUUGCACCGUGCACAACAAAAAUAAACUGUCAUAGCAAAAUGGCAGAUCACAUCGAUUACUGGCAAACUCUGCUCUGUCAUUACCCAAACAAGGGACAUUAACCGACAAUGUAAUAGGAGCACUGCAUGCUCUUUUUUUGACUGACAAUUUCUCACUUAGCGUCUCUAUUGUUCAGUCCCCUCAGGAUGUUGUGAUAGCAACAAUGAAUGCAACUUUUGACAGUCCCCCUAAAUUCAGCAUUAACAAUGCAAUUUAAUUGAAUCACAGCAACUUAACACACAGCAACUUGCAAAUUACACACUGUUUAUAAUGUGACUUGUGGUUCCAGCUGAGGACCAACUUUUCAGAACUUAUUUAGUUAUGGUCAAAAUGCUCUAAAUGGUUCAAAUGAGGUGCGAGAACCAGAGCGAAACCAGCUCCCUGUUGGUGGAAAAGGGUUAACAGUAUCAUCUAGACUAUCCUUGCAAAUUCAUUGCCUAUGGAGCAGCUCCAGACUUUAUACUUAGUCGUCAAAAUUUGUAGUUUUAACAGUCGAUUUUUUGGAUUUGGGAGAUAGUUGUAUAAGUUUACAUAUAUGAUUUGGACUAUGUUAGACCAUAGGAAUAACAUGCAUGAUUUUUAAAAAUGGGCGUAGUUCCCCUUUAACUACAGGAGCUGGAAAGCGAGUGAAAGGGCAGACUGCGAUACAGAAGAAUGUGUUGGGGUACCCAUUUUUAGUUGAGCACCUGAAAGCAAUAUAUUGUACAUCUUGCAUCUUGACAGGAAAUUGAGAAAAAAUCAGGAAUUCUUCUGCUUGUUAUACAAUGUUUUUUUCUACUCUGCUGUUUCUAUCAAGGUCUUUAGAAUUUGCUAGGUAAUCAAGAAAAACUGUUGUGUUUGAUACGAGUCGAAUGCAAGAUACAUUUGUGAACUCUAUGUAAAAGUUUGAACAAUCUAAUGACGAUGAAUGUCUUACUUUUUAGAGGUCAGGUGUGGCCAUGCCACCGGCUCUGAUCCCCUUGAGUUCUGUCUUGUACUGUAAGAAUACCUGUCAUAAAUGUAAUGGUCAUAUGGGUUUUGCCUGACGGUAAUUAUUAAAAAGACAAAACAAAUUUGAAA